CGACAAACUAACACCACCACGCUCAACACGCAACUACAGAAACACCGUCCACCGCCAAGCCAGUCUUCGACGCGAGACACGAGACACGAGACAGCAGCACAAGAGCGUACCAGCAAGGCGAUCACUGCCCGCCAAUGGCUGCGAGCGGCAUCGAGGCCAAGAUGGACGAUUUAAAGGUCGAGGGCAGCAGCGUGGCUAAUGCCAGUGCAGAUGCUACCACAUCUGCCGCACCAACUGAGAAGCCACAGAAGCAGGAGAAGGAGCGAAAAGAGCAGAAAGAGAGCAAGAAGGGCAAGGAGAAGAAAGACAAGCCUCCACAAGGUCAAGGCAAGAAGAAGGCAGACGGCCCAGAGUUGAUUGGAAUCACUGAGCCGAAGACGGGCGAUCUCUCAGAAUGGUAUUCCCAGGUCAUUGCCAAGGGCGACAUGCUCGAUUACACCGACGUGCCAGGAUGCUACAUCUACCAGCCAGCUUCAUACAGAAUAUGGGAGUUCAUCCAGGAGUACUUCAAUGAGCGCAUCCGCAAGAUGGGCGUCAAGAACUGCUACUUCCCGCUCUUUAUCUCGGAAGCCAACCUGCAGCGCGAAAAGGACCACAUCGAGGGCUUCGCUGCUGAAGUCGCGUGGGUCACCGAGGGCGGAAAAACGAAGUUGGAAAAGAGAUUGGCUGUGCGCCCGACGUCUGAGACGGCCAUGUACAGCUUCUACAGUAAGAAGAUUCGGUCUCACAGAGAUCUGCCGCUCAAGAUGAACCAAUGGAACAACGUGGUGCGGUGGGAGUUCAAGCACGCAGUCCCAUUCCUGCGUUCGCGAGAGUUCUUGUGGCAGGAGGGACACACUGCACACUUGACGGAGCAGGAAGCAGGUGCGGAAGUGAUGCAAAUCCUGGAUUACUAUGCGAACAUCUACGAAGAGUUGCUUGCAGUUCCAGUGGUGAAGGGCCAGAAGACCAAGAACGAGCAGUUCCCGGGCGCAUACUACACCAAGACCAUCGAAGGAUUCAUUCCUGCUGUGGGACGUGGUAUCCAAGCUGCGACGUCUCACUGCCUCGGCCAGCACUUUGCAAAGAUGUUUGACAUCCAAGUCGAGGACCCUCACCAGGAGGUGGCUCCGGGAGGAACACGCCCUAAGAAAUACGUCUGGCAAAACAGCUGGGGCUUCACGACCCGCUCCAUUGGCGUCAUGGUGCUCGUUCAUGGCGAUGACAAAGGUCUCGUCGUUCCUCCCCGCGUCGCAGAAACCCAGGUUGUCAUCGUCCCCGUGGGCAUCACCGCCAAGAGUACGGAUGAAGAUCGCAAGAAGCUCUACGAUGAGGUCGAGGGUCUGCGCACGAUCCUCGACGAUGCGGGAGUACGCGUGGAGAGCGAUAUGCGAGAAGGCUAUUCCCCCGGGUACAAGUUCAAUGACUGGGAGCUGAAGGGUGUCCCACUCCGUCUCGAAUUUGGACCCAAGGACUCGGCCAACCAUGUGGUGACCACCUCUCGACGUGACCGAGACGGCAAGGGUACCAUCGAAAUUAAGGAUCUUGCCACGGCAGUGCCAGCGCUCCUCGAGACGAUUCAAGCAGACAUGUUCCAAAAGGCAUCGGAUGAGUACGCUUCGCACCGCAAGAUUGUGCGCGAGUGGAAAGACUUUGUACCGACUCUCAAUGACAAGAACGUGCUGCUCGUUCCCCACUGCCUCGGCGGACCGUGUGAGGAUGAGAUCAAGGAGGACUCCAAGGGCAACAUUGAAGGGCAAGAAGUGGACGCUCGCGCGCCUUCGAUGGGCGCGAAGUCGCUCUGCAUUCCGCACGACCAGCCCGAGGCCAUUGCAGAAGGAACGCUGUGCAUCAAUCCCAAGUGUGGCCAGAAAGCCCAGCAGUUUGUCAUGUUUGGUCGUUCCUAUUAGAUGACGCUGGGUAGAUGUUGAUUCUGUUACAGCGGCGUAGAAGUAGCGAAGGCUUGGAUUCGAUGGUGUUGUGCAACCUGUGGGGUCAAGGAAUCGCAGGGGGCGUGACAUGACCAUUAUGGCAUGAACGAGAAAGACGAGAGAGAGAGACUAGGUACAUUGUACACGUUGACGACGACGACGAGUGAUGGCACAGUCCUCGAGGCCACGUGCCGCGAUGACAACAACAUGCAAGUACAUGUAGGUAGAGAAGCAAGAGAGAGAGACCU